CCAGAUUCUGCUCAUCAUUUUACAGCAAAAAAAAAAAAAUGGAGGUUAAGAGGCAAGAGAAAGAGAGAAAGAGGAUCCGAAUGGCUGAGAAAGUCAUGGCCAUGGCGUCGAUGAUCUCUUUCGUCGUGUCAUGCUCUCUCUUGAUCUCUGUUUUUCAGCAGAAUCUGUAUAGGAACCUUAGCUUCAUGGACAAGAAGUACGUGUUCUUGCUGUUUAAUGGCAUCAUAGGCUUUGUUUUUAAGGAUUCUUUGGGGAAUCCAGGUACCCUUUUCGAGGAAAAAUCCAUCAAUCAUAACAAAAGAAACGAACAACUGGUCAAAGUGAAGAGUAUUGCAGCGGCAGUAGCAGCAACAGCAGCAGCAGCAGCAGAAGAAGAAGAAGAAGAAGAAGAAGAAGAAGAAGAAGAAGAAGAAGAAGAAGAAGAAGAAGAAGAAGAAGAUUCAUCGCUUGUGCAAGACGGUGAAGGCGAAGCAUUGGAUCUUGCUAUCGUCCGAGUGGAUGAUGCUGGUGGCGGUGAUGAUGGUGAUGAUCAUGAUGAUGAUGAUUGUCUAAGUUCAGAAGAACUGAACAAGAAAUGCGAGGAUUUCAUAAGGAAGAUGAAGGCGGAGAUGAGAUUCGAUUCCCGGAAACUGAUUACGCUUUAGAAUUCUGCAACACUCUUUCCUUUUUUGGCGUAUGGCUUCGCCAUGCAUGCAUGGUCCUUUCUAUUUUCCUCCAUUUUUUGCGUUGUGUGAAGAUUCGAACUGCAGUAAUUAACGGUUCAUAUCUCAGACAUUGUAGCUCAUAUCUUUGAGAUAACUCUAUCUAACUUGUCUUUUUUACAAUGGAAAAUUUCCUCCA